AUGGCUGACAAGGGACUUGAGGAGAUUCCUGAUGGCCAGAUCGAGUCCAACUAUGACGAAGUCACAGAUUCGUUCGAUGCUAUGAACCUCAACAGCGAGUUGCUUCGAGGUGUCUAUGCAUACGGUUUCGAGCGCCCGUCUGCUAUCCAGCAGCGUGCUAUCAUGCCAGUCAUCAAGGGCUCCGACGUCAUUGCCCAGGCCCAGUCCGGUACUGGAAAGACUGCUACUUUCUCUAUCUCGGCCCUGCAGAAGGUCGACACCAACCUCAAGGCUUGCCAGGCCCUUAUCCUCGCUCCCACCCGUGAGUUGGCCCAGCAGAUCCAGAAGGUCGUCGUCGCCAUUGGUGACUUCAUGAACGUCGACUGCCAUGCCUGUAUCGGUGGAACCAACGUCCGUGAGGACAUGAAGGCCCUCCAGGACGGCCCCCAGGUCGUCGUUGGUACCCCCGGCCGUGUCCACGACAUGAUCCAGCGCCGUGUCCUCAAGACCGACCACAUCAAGAUGUUCGUCCUCGACGAGGCCGACGAGAUGCUUUCUCGUGGUUUCACCGAGCAAAUCUACGACAUCUUCCAAUUCCUGCCCCAGUCCACCCAGGUCGUCCUUCUCUCGGCUACCAUGCCCCCAGACGUCCUGGAGGUCACCACCAAGUUCAUGCGUGACCCCGUCCGCAUCUUGGUCAAGAAGGCCGAACUUACCCUUGAAGGUAUCAAGCAGUUCUACAUUGCUGUUGAGAAGGAAGAGUGGAAGCUCGACACCCUCUCCGAUCUCUACGAGACCGUUACCAUCACCCAGGCUGUCAUCUUCUGCAACACCCGCCGGAAGGUCGACUGGCUUACCGACAAGCUCCAGGCCCGUGAUUUCACCGUCUCCGCCAUGCACGGAGACAUGGAGCAGGCCCAGCGUGAUGUCAUCAUGAAGGAGUUCCGCUCCGGUUCUUCUCGUGUCCUCAUUGCCACCGAUCUCCUUGCCCGUGGUAUCGACGUUCAGCAGGUCUCCUUGGUUAUCAACUACGACCUGCCUGCUAACCGUGAGAACUACAUCCAUCGUAUUGGUCGUGGUGGUCGUUUCGGCCGAAAGGGUGUUGCCAUCAACUUCGUCACUGCUGAUGAUGUCCGCAUGAUGAGAGAGAUCGAGCAGUUCUACAGCACCCAGAUUGAGGAGAUGCCCAUGAACGUUGCUGGUAAGCUAUUUCCUUCCAAUUCCAUGCGACGCAGACAGAGGAAAAAGACUAACAAUUAUCUUUCUAGAUCUUAUCUAAUCACAUCUCUUUUUUUCACUUUCGGCAUACCCACCCCUUUCCAGAACUCCUUUUUUCUUUCAUCUUUAGAGUCAAUCAUGCCCUUCCCUUACGGUAUCUCCGACGAAUGA